AUGAACUUCAAAAACUUCGCAAAUCAGCCAACGGAUAGCAGAAAUGGGAGCGGCCGGCCACCGGGGAACUUCCCGUUGGCGAGGCAAGGUUCCAUCUAUUCGUUGACCUUUGAUGAGCUACAAAACACCAUGGGAAGCAUCGGAAAAGAUUUUGGGUCAAUGAACAUGGAUGAAUUACUAAAAAACAUCUGGAACGCUGAAGAAAUGCAAACAACGGGAUCUAACUCCGGCGCCACCGUUCAAGAUCGCGGCGGAGCUGGUGGAGCAAAUUUACAGAGACAAGGAUCGUUAACACUCCCAAGAACAUUAAGCCAAAAAACAGUCGAUGAAGUUUGGAAAGAUUUAUCAAACAACGGAUUCGGACACCCGAAUUUACCCCAAAGGCAACAGACUCUCGGAGAGAUGACUCUCGAGGAGUUUCUGGUUAAAGCCGGCGUUGUUCGGGAAGAAAUUCAAUUAUCCGGUAAACCAAAUGAUAACGUGUUGUUCUCCGAUUUAACAAAUUCUCAAAAUAACAACGGGUUUGGUGCUAUCGGAUUCCAACAGGCGGUAGGUGUAGGUCAGAAUUCCGCCAUUGAUGAUCCUCGUAGUAAUCAAAUUUCAUUUCAGUCUGGAAAUCAACAAAUGAACGGCAAUGGGGUUCGAUCUAUUUUACCUUACGGAGCUCCUCCCGUCGCUAUUCCAAGAAACAAUCAUUUGGGUAGUCCUGUAAUCAGGAAUGGAGUCGUGGGUGUAGGUCUUUCCGAUCCGAUGAUGAACAAUAAUAACACUUUAGUUUCGGCCGCCACUCUUCAAGGCGGGAUGGCAGGGAUGGGUGGUGGCGGUGGUGGUGGUGGUGGUGGGGUCACAGUUGCCACCGGGUCUCCGGCGCUUUCAUCGGAGGGGUUAGCAAAGAGUAAUGGUGAUACGUCGUCUGUAUCACCUGUUCCUUAUGUUUUUAAUGGAGUUUUCCGGGGAAGGAAAAGCGGUGCGGUUGAGAAAGUCGUUGAACGGAGACAGCGGCGGAUGAUCAAGAACCGAGAAUCGGCUGCCAGAUCUCGGGCUCGUAAGCAGGCAUAUACAAUGGAACUUGAAGCAGAAGUAUCGGAAUUGAAACAGAAGAACCAAGAACUGAAACGGAAACAGGCUGAGCUACUAGAAAUGCAGAAAAAUCAGCAGGUUAUGGAGAUGAUGAACAUGCAACCAGGGACAAAACGACAUCGUCUAAAAAAAACACUUUCUGGGCCAUGGAGGGCGGCGAUAGUCGGAACUUCCACAACAACAGUGGGAGGUGGCGAUAUAGCAGUGGCAGCCGGUGGUGAUUGCACUCACGGCGACAACAACGAUUGGCGGCAGCUCCACCGCUUCCUUCCUCUCCUCCGACUGUGA